AUGGAAUAUUUUACAAAGACUGUGGAUCUUCAACAACAUUCCCCUAAUCAUGGGAAUGGGAGAUCACCGUCGCCACAACCAACAAUAAUCCAAACAUCAUCAGUAACAGCUGGUGCACCUAUCACACAAUUUCCAAGUGUUUUUUCAUAUUAUGACUUUACAACUUAUCCACGUGUUAAAAAUGAAAUAUUAAAAUUGAGAUGUCGAUUUUGUGAUACGUUUAUUAGCGGAUCGAUUCGAGUAACAUCCAAUUUUAUUGGGCAUUUGAAACGAAAACAUGUCAAAGAAUAUUGUGAUUAUGUUAAUGCAAAACGUUUGCGUGUUGAAUUAAAAGGCGGCAAUAGCACCGAAAACAGUAACAAUAGUCAUAUUCAACAACAUCAACAACAACAACGAGAUGUUAUUUCACCACCUAACCCUCAUGCUUCAUUAACAGGUCGUGUUUCUACUCAAAAUCACCAAAGCAAUAACAAUAAUCAUCAUCAUUCUCAUAUACCCUCACCAACAUUACAACAAAAUAAUCGUUAUCAUAACAGUAAAAAACAACAACAAACAUAUUCUCCCGCAUCUCUUCCACAACAAGCAUCAAUUCAUCAUCACUUACAACAGCAACAACAUUAUCGGCCAUUAUCCAAAAAACAUCCACAACAAGCAUUUUUGAUUCCAGAUUCAAAACAUCAACGUCCAUCGUCAUCAUCAGUUUCUUCGUCUCAUCCAACAUCUCAUACUCAUACUUCUAUUAAUCAUCGUACAUUAUAUAAACAGCGUCAACAACCGCAAAAACGUAAAUUAUCACCAUAUGAUCUGUCUACUAUAGUAAAUGGUCGUUCAUCAUCAACUAAUUCCACAUCGUUAGGAAAUCAAGCUCUGAAUUCUACAUUAUUAAAUGCAUUACAUUUAUUACAGCAAGAACAACAACAAGCAUCUACUUCAUCUACAUCUUCCACGUCCGUAUAUCCGUCGUUAACUGUUGAUCAACAAGAUCAUGUAUCAUCGACACAAUCAUCAAUAACAAAACAUUUUGUACAAUUGUUAAUUCAAAUGUCACUACCAUUAUCCGUAUUAGAAGAUAAAUCAUUUCAAGAAUUUAUUUUACUAUUGAAUUCAUCGUAUCAAUUACCAACACGACAACAAUUUUAUGAUCAAAUAUUAUCAACCUAUCUACAAGAAACUGAAUCACGUUUAAAACAAAUUCUAUCUGAACAACAAUUUUUAAUUUUAAAAUUUAAUUUAUUAACUACGACAACAAAAACGAUUACACAACAAAAUCAACAAAUAUUUUAUAUUUUAGUUAGUUGUCAAUAUAUCGAUGAUGAUUGGUUGCCACAUUGUUAUUUAUUAACGUGUCAAAGAUUUCGUUUGUCAUUUCCUAAUUAUGAUAAAUUAAUUUCAAAUGUCUAUGAUUAUUGUAUGGAAAAAUAUGAAUUAUCAUCACAAAAAAUUGGUAUUAUAAUUGUUGAUAAUGCGUGCAAUAUUGUCAAAGUUUAUCGAGAAUUAAGUUUACCAGGAUGGAAAUUGGAUGCUGGUAAUGAGUUAAUAUCGACUGAAAAUGAUGAAUCCAUGAUAACAACGGUGAAUGAUGGAGAUGAGAAUGAUACAACGAAUGAAAGUGAAAAUAAUAGUAAUGGUGGCGAUGGUAAUGGUAGAGAUAAUCAACAUCAACAGUCUGGACAACAAGAUGAUUGGCAAGAAGUGGAUUUUGAUGAUGUUGAAUUAUUUGCAUCUAAAGAUGUUGAUCAUGUUUGGCAAUAUUGUUUUUCUUAUUUAUUACAACGAUGUAUGAAAGAAAUAUAUUCAUCUUGUUCCAUUCUUAUUUCACCAUCUAUAUCAAAAUUAUGUAAAAUAAUUAAUCAUUUACAAAUGUCGGAUAUUCUUUUAUCAUCAUUUCGUAAACUUAAUGGUUUGUUAAAUCAAUAUAAUCAAAUACGUUGGACAUUUCAAAUGAAAAUUUUACGAUCUAUAUUCAAUGUUUAUUAUAUUGGAACAGAAUGUGUUCCACAUGAAUUACGUUUAACGCAUGAUGAACGUCUAUUUCUCAAAGAAUUAAUUGAAUUAUUAGAACCAUUUGAAGAAGCAAUUGAUCUAUUACAAACAGAAUCAUCUAUUUCGAAAAUUUUACCAUCUUAUCGUGGACUCAAAUUACAUCUAGAAAAAUUUCAAGCACAAUCAUCGUCAAUUAAACAAAUUCGAGAUUUAUUAACAAUGAAUUUUUCAAAAACAUUUGAAAAUUUAGAAACAAAUGAACAUCUCAUCUUAUCUGCCAUUUGUGAUCCAAAUUUUGCAUUUCGUUGGACAAAUUCACUGAACGAUGAAACUCAAACGUAUCAAAAUUUACUUCUAAGAUCAUUACAUAGUAAAACAAAUUUACUCUCAUUUCAUCAACAACAUCAAUCACAAACCCAACAACAACGAAAACAAGCAAAAUCUCCAACAUUGGCAAACAAUAAUAAUAACAAUUCAACUACGUCAUCAACAUCAAAAUUAUUCUCAUAUAUGAAUCAUCAUGUAACAAAACAAGAAGUAAUUCAAUUUAAUAUUUCUACAUUUUUAUUGUUGGACAAAAACAGGUUUUAUUCUGAAUGUUUUGAUAAAAUACAAAAACAUACGUACUCGAUUAUUUUAACGCCUGCUGAUGAUACAGAAAUUCAAGAAGAUAUCACUGAAGAAGAUAUUUUAGAUAGAGAAAUGGCUGUAGAAGAAGACGAUUUAGAAGAUGAGGAAGAUGCUGAAGCUAUGAAUAUUAUUUAUGAAAAAGAAAUAUUGGACUAUAUUCAAUUAGUUAAUGAUCCACUACAAACAUCAUUAUCAAAAGACGCCUAUGAAUUUUGGCGUACAAAUUCACAUCAAAUACCCAAUAUUGCUCGUUUAGCUAAACGUCUAUUAGCUAUACCAUCUACAUCUGUCUAUAUUGAACGUUUAUUUCAUCGACAAGGUACAGGAACAAUAUUGAAACCUCUCUCAUCAUUUCAAUCAAUGACAAAUCAACAUUUUUCUGAUUUUCUGUUUUUAAAAGCAAAUCAAAAUGUUUUAUCAAAAAUGAUAAACAAUUCUUCGUCAACACCCGACCAAUUAGUUGAUAGCAUGCAUGGUGAAAAUAUUGGUCUCUAUACGGAAUUAAAUGCAGAAAAAAUUCAAGAUUUUCAAGCGGCAUUCAGUCUAUUGGAUAUUGAUUCAAAUGGAACUGUAGGAACACAAGAAAUUCAACUUGUAGCUAGAGCAGCAGGCAUGGAAUUACCUGAAAGUGAAAUUCAAUUAUUGAUUGGUUCCGCAGAUGAGGAUCAUUCAGGUGGUAUUGACAUACGAGAAUUUGUUAGUAUGAUGACAACGACGAUCAAUCCACAAGAUCUUGAAGAAGAAUUAAAACAAACAUUCAAAGUAUUUGAUAAAGAUGAUAGUGGUAGUAUUAAUGCAGAUGAAUUAAAAAAGUUUGUUAGGCUAUUUGACAGUGAAUUAAGUGAAGAUGAAGCAAGUGAUAUGAUUCAACAGGCUGAUUUGAAAGGCACGGGUGGCAUUGAUUAUGAUCAAUUUAUUCAAUUUCUUUUACAUGCCUAG